AUGGACAGAGUAAAGUGGACUGGAAAAGAGGAUAAGAUGGCUAAGAGGAGUAAGAGGACUAAGAAGAAGAAGAAGAGAGAGAAGAAGAAGAAGAAGAAGCGAGAGCAAGCAGAGGAUGGCUCGCUAGGGGAUGAACUAGGGGGAGGUCAGCUAGCCGGUGGAGAAGGCCAGGAAGAGUUUUCACAGCAAGUAGAUAGAAAGGGAAGAGGAAGAAGAAGAAUUGUCGCUGUUAAGUUGUCAGCCAAGGGGCAGAGACAGGCCAGGCCGGACAUCGAAGUCCUUGAGGAGAAAAAGGCAAAAACAUCCUCGUAUUCUCGUCUCUCUCGAUCUCUUCCUCUUCGUCUAUUAUUAUUGUGUCUCUUCUUCUAUCUGUCUAUCUCUAAUCUCUGUCUCUAUCUCUCUGUCUAUCUCUGUCUGCUUGCUCUUAAGUUCUUCCUCCCUUUCGACAUCACCGACCGUCGCCGACCUUCCUGUCCAUCCCCGACCGUCAGUCUCUCGGAGUCUCCCUCUCAGUCUCUCUUCCAUGGACUGACCUUGGCCGGCCUCCCCUCGCGACGCCCCUUGGAGACUCGACUCGUCUCGUCCUCUCUUCUUCUCUUCUUCUUCUUCGUCUUCUUCUUCUUCUUCCCGGCCUGGCUUGCUUGCUUGCUUCUUCUUCUUCUUCCUUUCUUUACUUUUUGCUGCUUCUCGCCUGCAUCCUUGCCCUCGCCCGCCGGCCAGACAGCGACAGCCUCUUCUCCCUCCUCCCUCCCUCCAUCUCUUCACUUCUUCUUCUUCUCUUUACUCUCUGCUCUCUAUCGUCUACUCUCUACGCUCUGCUGCUGGCUGCAACUCGCCAUGGACAACCCUCCGCCCAGCGGCUCGGCCGGCAACUCGAGCGACUUUGUAAGUCUUCUCUCUCUCUCUCUUCUCUUUCUUCUGCUGAUGGUGACUGACUCGCGCAUAGGUCAGGAAGCUCUACAAAUCGUCAGAUGGGGAGACGACAGAGACAGCUUCGUCGUCCUGGAGGUCCGUCUCUCUCUUUGCUUCUUAUACUGCUUAUCCAGCUCUAAUAACCCUGUAGUGCGAGAAAUUCACAAAGUCCAUCCUGCCGAAGCACUUCAAGCACAGCAACUUCGCCAGCUUCGUGCGCCAGCUCAACAAGCGUGGGAGUUUAAACACCCCGAGUUCAAGGCCGACAACAAGGACUCGCUCGACAACAUCCGCAGAAAGGCGCCGGCGCCGCGCAAGCAGGCGCCCGCCAACGAAGACUCCAUCCCCACACAGCAGCUCGACCUGCUCAACUCGCAGCUCCUCGCCCAGCAGCAGCAGCUCCAGCACCUCACCGAGCGCAUCUCCCAGACCAGCAUCGAACACCAGAUGGUCCUCCAGGAAGUCCGCCGCGUCCAGAAGUCCGUCCUCGGCCACGACCAGGUCGUCCACUGCAUCCUCACUUACCUCCACUCCCUCGACGCCCGCCAGAAGAGAGACUCCCGCGCCGCCGCCGCUGCUGCCAGCCUCUCCUUCCAGUCCCAGCCCACCGAUCUCAGCCCGUCGCAGGUCGCCGGCAUAGACGAGAACCCGGCUGCCUCCCCCUUGCAGCACGCCACCAAGCUGCUCAACGAGAUGACCGCAGAGAACCAGUUCAACUUCUCCGCCCUCGAGGGGAUAGUCGCCGCCACCCCACCCCUCGACCCCCAGCAGCAGCAGCAGCAUCAGCAUCAGCAACAACAGCAACAGCAGGCCGCCGCAGCCGCAGCCGCAGUCCAGCAGCAACGAGCCAACGCUGCCGCUGCUGCUGCCGCUGCGGCCGUCAAUGGGGUCAACGGGGUCAACGUCGUCGGUGGUGUUGUCGGGAUGACACCGCCCACCUCUGCCGCCGCCGCCGCAGCCCAGCAGCAGGCCGCCUCGCUCUCUUCUUACCCCAAGAUGAACGGCGAGCUCGAGCAGGUGGUCUACCCGGUCGGCGCAACCAACGGCAUAGACCCCAUGUACAGCGAGCACGUCAACAACAUCCCUUACCCGCUACCCACCAACUCCUCUGCAAAUAAGGACAUGGACGUCCCGGACGUACGGCGGCAGUACCCGGUCGGCAACGACGGCCGGAAAAAGAGCAUCUACCCGGACCCAGGCUGGGCGCGGAGUCCGCACAUCCUGCUCGUCGAAGAUGACCAGACCUGUCGCCAGAUCGGAGGAAAAUUCCUAUACUCUUUCUCCUGCAUCGUAGACACCGCACUCGACGGGCUUGAGGCGGUGAACAAGAUCCAGGGCGGGUCCAAGUACGAUCUCAUAUUAAUGGACAUCAUCAUGCCAAACCUCGACGGCGUCUCGGCCUGCAGUCUCAUCCGCCGCUUCGACUCCACCCCCAUCAUCGCAAUGACCUCCAACAUUCGGUCCAGCGACAUAGACCUCUACUUCCACCACGGUACGUCUCUUCGACGACUACUAUCCGUUUUUGAAGAUCUGCUACUAACGAAGUCAGGAAUGAACGACGUCCUACCAAAACCAUUCACCCGCCAGUCCCUCCUCAACAUGCUAGAAAAACACCUCGUCUCCCUCAAAAACGUCAACCCAAUGGACGCAUCGCAACAACAGCAGCAGCAGCAGCAACAACAACAACAACAGUCACAGCAACAGCAACAGCAACAACCCACCGCAUCAUCAAACGCCCCUCCCACCCCGCAACCACCACCGGGCCAACCUACACCCACAAACUCCAACCAAGGGCCCGGUCCCAGCCCUCUCUCCAAUUCCAUCUCCGUCCCCGUCAAUGUCCCCGUUAACGUGCCCGUCUCAGGCCUCCCGCCUUCCUCCCAGCAGCCCGUAAAAGACGAAUCAUCCCCAAACCAAUCCCCUUCCACCAUGGGCCAGCAGACAUGGCAGAACUCCCCCCUUACCCCCGCACCAGGCCAAUCCUUCGACACCAACGGCCUCCAGUACCAACAACAGCAACAACAGCAACAACAACAACAGCCCCAAUCGCAGAACCAACAACCUCCCUCUCAGACCCCAACCCAGUCCCAGCACAACCACAUCAAGCACCGUCGUCAAGCUUCAGACAUGGCUGGCAUAGACCUCAAUGUCAACGCGUAUAACAAGCGCCAACGCAUCUUCCCUGGUUCUGGGCCUGGUCCCGGGCCUGGUCCCGGCCCCGGUGCUCAAGUGGUAAAUCCCAUGCAAACCAGCAGAAUGGCUUAA